UGUAAAAUGUAAAUUAAUAGUUAUUGGUUAAUGUUUAUUCAAAAUACGUGUUUUUAUUUUUUCCUUGCAAUGAACUAUUAUAAGACUAAUAAUUACAGUUCCAAAUCACGAUACGUUUUAAUCUUAAUUUAAUAAAAGCAGCAUUUAUGUGAUACAUUCAUAGUCAUACCACAAAAUAAAGGCUGAUAGGGCAUAAACAUAAACAUGUCCAAUAGAGUGUUUGAUAUUAUGAACUUGAAACCUCCCAUUCUCUAGAAGUAUGAAGUAGUUUUUAUGUUUUUUAAAUUAGUAAUGCAGGCCAAGAGACGGUAUCUACUAGUAUUUGUUGUAGCUUUUUUAACAAUUUGGUAUUUUGGUGGCUGGUAUCAUUUACAGAACAAAACUGGGGUAUCAAGUUAUUCUACAGAACUACCUUCCUAUGUCAAUUUAGAAAGUAUAGAAACAGGAUUUAUACCCAGAGAAAGGGCCUUUACUUCAAAUGAUCCAAAAGUUUAUUGCCGGAUGGAGACAUGUUUUGACUUCAGUAGAUGUCAACAUAAAUUUAAGGUCUAUGUUUAUCCGCAAGAGGAAAACAACACCCCUAGUCCGUCCUAUCUAAAGCUCCUAAAUAUUUUACUGGAAUCAAGAUAUUAUACUCCAGACCCCAAAGAAGCUUGUUUAUUUGUUUUAAGUAUUGAUACUUUAGACAGGGAUCGUCUUAGCAGUGAUUAUGUGAGAAAUCUGCAAAGCAAAAUCCAUAGGCUACCCUACUGGAAUGAUGGCCAAAAUCAUUUAAUUUUUAAUUUAUAUUCAGGAACAUGGCCUAAUUAUACAGAAAAUAAUUUGGAUUUUGACUAUGGAAAGGCAAUAUUGGCUAAAGCUAGUAUGUCUGAAAGUCAUGUACGACCUGGAUAUGACAUUAGCAUUCCUUUGUUCCAUAAAAUACACCCUGAAAAAGGUGGUGAGCCAGGCUCAAAUUCAGCAAGUAGUUAUCCUCUAGAAAAGACAUAUAUACUGGCCUUCAAAGGUAAAAGAUAUGUGCAUGGCAUAGGUUCCGAUACAAGGAAUUCACUUUAUCACUUACACAAUCGAAAAGACAUGAUCAUGAUUACCACAUGUAGACAUGGUAAAAGUUGGAAGGACAUGAAAGACGAUAGGUGUGAUGAGGAUAACCAAGAGUAUGAUAGGUACGAUUACGAGACAUUGCUACAAAAUUCAACGUUUUGUCUAGUUCCUAGAGGAAGAAGGUUAGGAUCAUUCAGAUUUUUGGAAGCUUUACAGGCCGGCUGUAUUCCGCUUUUACUGUCCAAUGGUUGGGAAUUACCAUUUUCUGAAGUAAUCGACUGGAAAAAAGCUGUGAUAUGGGCAGAUGAACGACUGUUUUUACAGGUGCCUCACAUCAUUCGUUCAAUACCACCAAGCAAAAUUCUCGAGCUUCGACAGCAAACUCAGGUCCUAUGGGAUAGAUAUUUCUCUUCCAUAGAAAAAAUUGUGUAUACCACCCUUGAAAUAAUCAGAGACAAAUUGCCAAAGAAGCGAAAACGAGACGGUACUAUUUGGAAUACCUUUCCUGGAGCGUUGGUUACACUACCAACAUUUUCUGACUCAAAAGAGGACUUUCCUUUCCAUAUCGAGUUAAAAACAAAUAAAUUUACUGCUGUGAUUUAUUGCCAGUUAGGGAUUCCUUUGAGUUCAACAUCGACCUUGUAUAGAUUAGUCGGUAAUUUGUCUCGAAGUAAAAAUGUGGCCAAAAUCUUAGUAGUGUGGUCGAAUGACAAGAGGCCGCCAAGCAGAAGUAGGUGGCCAGCUUUACCAACACAUACCCCUUUACAUAUCAUCGAAACUGGUAGUGCGAUGGAAGGAAAAUCAAGCAUUUCUCAAAGAUUUUAUCCUCAUAAAGAAAUAAAAACUGAUGCAGUUCUUUCUUUAGAUGAGGAUACAAUUUUAACCACGGAGGAAAUUGAUUUUGCUUUCGUGGUAUGGAAGCAAUUUCCAGAUAGGAUUGUCGGAUAUCCUGGUAGAUCUCAUUAUUGGGAUGACUCAAAAUCUACUUGGGGAUAUACUUCCAAAUGGACCAAUGAUUAUUCAAUCGUAUUAACUGGAGCCGCAUUUUACCAUAACUAUUACAAUUAUUUGUACACGGAAUGGUUAAGUUCCCUUUUACACAAAACAGUGGAACAGAGCCAAAAUUGUGAAGAUAUCCUUAUGAACUUUUUAGUUAGUCAUGUUACACGUAGACCUCCAAUUAAAGUAACACAACGCAAACAGUAUAAAGAGCAGCCUAGUGCAGGAACAUGGUCACCGUGGAAUGAUCCUGAUCAUUUUAUUCAACGGCAGACCUGCUUAAAUACUUUUGCUGCCGUAUUUGGGUAUAUGCCGCUAUUAAGGUCUAAUUUUCGGCUUGAUCCUGUUCUGUUUAAGGAUUCUGUAUCAAAUAAAAGGAAAAAGUAUCGAAAAAUAGAAUUAGUAGGGAGUUAAUGAAAUAUAAGCAGUUAGUCCUAAACUAAGAAUCUUUCUGCUUUUUUUGUAUUCUUGUACUUUUAAUGGAGAUAUUUUUGAUUAUCUAGUCUAAAUGGCUGUAACAUGACUACUCGUUUGGCAAAUCCAUAUCUUCUAAUCAGUGUCAGAAAAUGAGACAUUGUUAACUAUAUGAUUUAAUAAAGGUGAACCUUUUUCACUUAUAUAGUUUAAGUCGCGACAAUAAUAACACAUCGGUCAUUUUAGUGCAUCUUAUUCUUUUCUCUUACAAAUGUUUUCAUGGAGUUGUGCCUUUGUCAGGCAAGUAGACAAAUAUAGUUCAUUCAUAUUUUGAAUCCAUCACUUAUGUGUUCAUCAUUAAGAAAAGUGUAUAAACAUAUUUUUUAUUUAUGUAAUGGACAUGUAUUAAAGUUAUUUUAAAGUUUCCACACUUAGCAACAUACUUAUACAUUAUUUUAUUACUGUUGUUUUUGUACCAUUUGACUGUACUACAAGGUUUAUCUAUAUGUUUGUUAUGAAGCCAUCAUUUUAAAACAAAUGAACUUUAUUGACAAAAAAUAUUGAAAUGAAAAACAUUUUUUAAAUACAUUUUUUAAAACUGUUUGUUCUAUUUUAUUGUAUGUUUUUUUUUUUUAAUAUUUUUGUUUGUUAUUUUGUUCGCACUAAAUAAAAUGUGAUAUUAGGACAAUUAGCGAUGUUGUACUUGAAAACAGUAAAUUUUACUGGUGCGUGUAUUGUAUUUUGGGAUCUACGUGAAAAUUUGGAAAAAUUUAGUCAAAACUAGAUACUGUAUAUACAAACAAAAAUGUCGUAACAUACAAAUAAAAAAUUAUUAAAAAUCCUUAUACACUCUGCAACACACAAUUUUUAAAUCACCGGAAAAUCUAAUAAAAAAAUAAAUGGUGA